AUAUUUAUAGUGCAUGGCCAUAAGAUAAAGUAUAGACCACUAACUCAAACUUUCUUUCUUUUUUUUCAAAUUUUUUUUUUUGGUUAGCUCCUUUUACAAUUAAUCAUUUACAUUUUUAAUCAUAAUAUAUAGUACCAUCUCACCACUUUGUUGCAUUUUGCCAACUAUUCCCCACUAUAUAUAUAAUAAGUUCUUAGUUUUUAGUUCUCAUAAACCAAACUUCACAUUCCUUCAUAAUUACCCUUCAUUGCUUCUUGAAGAUGAUGUAUAAAUCAUCUAUGAAGUCAUUUAAAAUGGCAAUGGCUAAUUUGAUGACAAUGUUUAUGCUAAUAGAGGUGAUUACAUGCGGGUUCGGGUUCGGUUUCGGGGCAGAUGGUGGUUUGAACAUGAACUACUAUUUGAUGAGUUGCCCUUUUGUUGAACCUGUUGUUAAGAAUGUAGUCAAUAGAGCUUUGGACAAUGAUCCCACCCUUGCAGCUGGUCUUGUUAGAAUGCACUUCCACGACUGCUUCAUACAGGGAUGUGAUGGGUCAAUUCUAAUUGACUCUACUAAGGAUAAUACAGCAGAGAAGGAUUCACCAGCAAAUUUGAGCUUAAGAGGAUAUGAAAUCAUAGAUGAUAUCAAAGAUGAGCUUGAAAGACAAUGCCCUGGAGUGGUUUCAUGUGCUGAUAUUCUUGCUAUGGCUGCUACAGAAGCUGUUUUCUAUGCUGGAGGUCCAGUUUAUAACAUACCUAAAGGUAGAAAGGACGGAAGGAGGUCAAAAAUAGAAGAUACUAGAAAUUUGCCAUCCCCUGCCUUCAAUGCCUCUGAGCUCAUUAGGCAGUUUGGUCAACAUGGUUUUUCUGCACAAGAGAUGGUGGCUCUCUCUGGGGCUCAUACAUUAGGAGUGGCAAGAUGUUCAUCUUUCAAAACCAGAUUGAGCCAAGUGGAUCCAGCUUUGGAUUCUGAAUUUGCUAAGACAUUAUCCAAAACAUGUACUUCUGGUGACAAUGCAGAACAACCAUUCGAUGCAACUAGGAAUGAUUUUGACAAUGUUUACUUCAAUGCUUUGUUGAGGAAAAAUGGUGUUCUGUUUUCAGACCAAACACUCUACACUAGUCCAAGAACAAGAAACAUUGUGAAUGCUUAUGCAAUGAACCAAGCUAUGUUCUUCCUUGAUUUUCAACAAGCAAUGGUGAAAAUGGGUUUGCUUGAUAUUAAACAAGGUUACAAUGGGGAAGUCCGAGGCAAUUGUCGAAAAAUAAACUAAUUGUUUUGUGAUGGUUUUUGUAAUUUUGUCAAUGAAAAGUCUUGAAGGUUGUCAUUAGUUCGUUAAAAAUAACAUUAUAAGCAUGUGAUAUAUAAUGUAAACUAAGUCUAAACGUGUAUGUGUAAGUUUUUCUCUAAAUUGUUUUUUGUUGGGUGGGGUGUAUUUUAUGUAUUAUUAUAGUGGUAAUCUUUCGUAUAUCAAUAUAUUUGCGAGCAAUUGGAGAAUUUUUAAAA